AUCUGUAUAAAAUUAAAGAUGGCCGACAACGAUUGUUGUUUUCGAUAAAAUGAUAUACAAAUAUUGAAAUAUUUCUGUAUUUAUGAGUUCGGCGAAAACAUAUAAUCCACAAUAAUACAAGUUAACGAUAACGUUUUAUAAUACUUUACUAUGUUUUGUAAUUUAUCGAGUUUGUCAAAGUACUGUAAUCAAAUCGUUUUGUGAUGUGAUCCAACUCUUAUAACGAAGACGACAUUCGGUGUGUUAUCAGUGCGUGACUAUUAAUGGUGACAUGAUGUUGUUAAAAUUGACUGGAGCGUAGAAGAAGGAACAUGAGUCGAGCCAGAGAACUACGACAACGCAGACAACAAUGGAUGACGGAGCAUCCCCGAAAGCUCGCUGGGGAAUUAAACAGAUCACAAAAAUUCGUCCUGGGACUCGCUGCAUUACUGAUAUUCGACAUAAUCUGGGUUUUCAAACUGGAAGUGCUAAAGACACUGUACAGAGGACCAGAAUUUGAAAAACCAUUUUUCAGUACCUAUGUCAGAUCGUCAAUGUUCACAUUAUAUCUUCUUGGCUUUUGCUUCUUUCCCCCUUGGCGAGAUCAAUGCAAUCGUCCAACAACUUAUAUGUAUACAGAUCCAAAUGUGGAGGAUGAUAACUUUUAUUCGGAAGCCAAUACAAGUUUGAGUGAUCCGACUUUUGUGCCGAUAAAAACUCCAGAUCAAUGCGAUCGUUCGUCGGGAACGGAAAGUGAUGAUUCGUCGAUAAGGUCGGUGAGAUUUAGUAAACUCGCUGAAGUACGUCAUAUGUCGGAAACUGUCGCAACAGAAGCCGUUUUAGCGAGAUUGAGUUAUCAGGCGAGUGUGCGAGCCGGUGAAUAUGCAAGGAGGCAGGCCAAUAAAUUUUCUGCACAGAAAGUGGCAAAAAUCGCUCUCGUAUUUUGCUUCUUGUGGUUCAUCGCAACGUACACGAACCAAUUGUUAUUAAAUGAAGCCGGAACAGGAAUUGUCACUAUUUUGUCUUCAUUAUCUAGUUUAUUCAUCCUAUUUCUUGCCGCAUGUUUCCCGAAUAACGCGGGAGACAAAUUUACAUUAUCCAAAUUGGUUGCAAUUUCCAUCAGCAUUUUUGGUCUUAUUCUAGUUGGACUUUCGGAUUUUACAAUAGAAACGAGUAGAAUACCAACUAGUAUAAUUUUAGCUCUAGUCAGUACAUUAACGUAUGCAAUUUACAUUGUAUUUUUAACAAGAAAAGCGGGUAAUGAAGAAAAGCUCGAUGUACCAAUGUUCUUUGGUUUUGUUGGCUUUUUCAAUCUAACCCUAUUGUGGCCUUUAUUCUUCAUUCUUCAUUAUGGACGAUGGGAAGAAUUUGAAUGGCCCUCUCAUCAUCAAUGGACAGUCCUUAUUGUCAAUGGACUUUUUAACUUUCUCAGCGAAAUUAUUUGGCUCUGGAGCUGUUUUUUUACUUCGUCCCUUAUUCCAACACUGGCUCUUGGACUCACGGUGCCAAUGUCAAUGAUGUUAAACGUUUUUUUAAAGAAGCAUACAUUUUCCUGCAUUUUUUACCUUGGGACAAUUCCAAUGAUUUUGGCAUUUAUAAUAAUUUCCCUAUUAUCUUAUUACGAUAAUUGGGAUCCAGUAUUGGAUUUGUUGAAAAGACUUUAUAUCUGGAUCUGUCGCAGGAGCAGAGCAAUCAGAAUACCAGAUUUGGAAGCUGAACAGACCGAAUCAUUGAUCGGCAUGAACAGUGGAGAUCAUGAAGCUUAAAUUUUAAAAAGACAAUAAUAACAACAACAAAUACACACGGUACUUAAGUUUUGAAAGCACUAACGUGAAACAAUAGAUCUUUUAUUGUAUCUAGAUUUUUUACGAGCUUUUCCAUUAAGCACAAAAAAAAGAAAGAAAAAAAACAGCAACAAUGAUUUUGACAUUUAAUAUUACAAUUAGAUUGUACUUAAAAGAAAAAUACAGUCAAUGGUAUUAGAGAUUCCAAAAGCGUUUAUCCUCGAAACUUUGUACAUCUUUUUGAAAUCUAUUUUUCAAUGUCAAUAUUUAUAAUAAACACACUAUCGAGACAUUAAUAAUUCAAGACAAAUUUUCGUCCAAAAAAAAUGUAUUUUCGACGAAAAAUGUCUUUUAAUGUCUCUCCUUGCACUUAUCAGAAAUAUUGAUUAUUGAUUCAAGAAAAAGAAAGAAAGAGUACCAGAAGAUAAAGAUGUACAUACAGCUAUAUUAUUUUCUAUAAAUUGAACUGAAAGUGUAAGAAAAAAGUCAUUUUUUUCUCUCUAAAUCAUUAAAAUUUGAUUGCAAAUUUUUAUUCACUGUUAAAAUGAAAAAAAAAGUAUAAAUGUUGAGCUUUUUCAGAGAUAUAAAUUACAGAAUUAUAAAAAAAAGAAAGGAAAA